CGUCACUUCCUCUUAACCACCAUGGCGCCGACUACGACCAGCGCAAAAGUGAACGAAAUCCUAGAGAGCGUGCCCCCAGAGGCGCGCCAGCACUUCAUCGAGAAAUACCUCCUCUCCAUGCUCGACCGUGCGCCCAAGGAGCAGUCCAAGAAAGUCCUCUCCUCCGCCACGCGCAUGAAGACGCGCUACGCAGGCAUGCCCACCCUCGAUCUCAAGGGCAAGCGGCGCGAGAUGGCCAACGUCCUCGCCGAGCUCACGCGCGACUCCAAGCGCGCCUUCGUCCGCGAGCGCUCCAACCGCGACGAGCUUCUCGAGGAGGCCGUCGACACCAUCGUCGGCUGGCUCUCCGACAUCUGGCGCGCCGUGUACGAGUUCAAGGCCGGCUUCGCGCACGCGCACGCCUGCCUGCUGUGGUGCGCGGAGAUGGUGUCCGAGAUCCUCGACACGCCGGUGGCAUCGGGGUGCAAGUGCGCGGUACUCAAUCUGCCCAUCACUAUCCCUAUCAAGCGCUCGAACGGCAAGACGGUCAAGGUGUUCAACGUCAUGGGCCUCCUGAGCGUCGACAAUGCCAUCCUGUGGGUCUGGAGGGAGCUCUUUGUCUCCAUGUUUGCGGUCAGCAAGAAGCAAGCGCAGAAGAUGGUGCCCGAGAUGCUCGCCGAGAUCGAGGAGAAGAUGGGAUGGACUGCACUGGAACGUAUCUUGCUCGGCGGACAGACUCCUCGCUCCACCGACAUCGACGACAUUGGAUUUGGCAGUGAUCUCUUCGCAGAAUCCUGCUUAGACGACGAGAAAUAUGAGGAAAGCGAAUGCCGCUGUGCCCUCCACGCCCCCCACUGGUCCGACAAGGUCGAUCAGCAGCGCUUCGCACUUCGAGAAGCCGUCGAGACGUAUUACAUGCAGAAAUUCCGCGUCGCACCCUCCGACGAGCUUUUCCACGCUAUCAUCGCCCUCAGCGACGACCCUGACAACACCGAGGACGAUCUGCUCCUUAUCCUCGACGAAGUGGCAGGCUCUUCUCCCGACACUCUCGUCGCCGCGCUCAACAUCUACUCCGACAUCGAUGACCCUGACAAUAUCGUUGAUCUCCUGGACGACUAUGGGUUCCUCCUCCGCACGCGCGACUUCCCCCACCUGCAGGGCGCCGUAACCGCGCUCACCCGCCACCCCUCACACGUCCCACGCGCGCUCAAGAUCAUCGAAGACGAGCUGACCGACACCAUGAACGCCGUGCGCGCGGCCGUGCUCAGCACCUUCAUCCGCGCCGACGACCGCGUGCAGCGCGAAGAGCUCACCGCCAUCCUCAAGCUCCGCACGGGCUCGCAAACGCGCAAGGAUCGCGUCGAGCGCUGGGUCUCCGGCGUCACCGGGCCCAGCGGCACCCCGCAUCCCGUCGCGCUUGCCGCGUUGCUCAUGGGGCUGCCUUUCGGCCCCGGCCCGGACGAGGCGACGAAUUUGGACACGAUGGACUUUGUGGAGCUCGACCCGACGGAGGACGAGGAGCUGCGUCCGCGCCUGAAGGAGCGGUUCGAUGGCUGGCAGACGCUAGCGUCGUCGACGAAGGGCGGUCAGACUCUGCUAUUGCGUCUGUACACUAAGAUCGUGGACAUCAUGCCGUUCUUCCGCGCUACAGACGUUGUCGAUGAGAUGAUCAACCACAUCAUGGACCGCCCAUCCAAAGCCCACGUCUGUGACGCACUCGAGCAACUCUCGACCUUUUGCAAGAUGCAGCGCAAGCGCAUCAACCUCCGGCAGGAAAAGCGCAAGAAGGCCGACGCGGCCAAGGCCACAUCUGCGUUCGCGACCGGUCCUCCCACACGUGCAGGCGGCCCCAGCAGCCAGCCCACGCCUUCCCCGGGGCCGUCUUUGCAUCCAGGAGAUCUUUUUGCCCAAGGCAUGAUUUCGUCUCCGCAUACCUCGAGGUCGUCUUCGACUACCGCGGGUCCGUCUUCGCUCGCAGGAGGCCGCUCUACACACCUCGUCGAAGAUGACGACGACGACAUGCCGCCGCUGGAACCCGUCCCCAUCGGCCAUGUGGUGGGCAGUAACUCGAACCUGCCCAGCGCGAGCUCCUCUGCUGAACCUGCAUCGUCAUCGUUCGCCGGCCCGUCAUCGUAUUUCGCCGGAUCGUCGUCACAAUCCGCCGGCCCUUCGUCGUCCUCCGCCGGGCCCUCAUCUCAACCAAUGGCCGCUUGGUCUCCCGAAGCCGAUGAUGAUGGGCCGCCGACCGCCCUGUCUUUGUUUGGUCCAUUCACCUUCUCCAUCCCUUUGAUGUCUGCUGCUAGCCCAUCUCCGCCUACGCCUCCCGCACAUCAUUGCGUGUCUGGAAUGGAGGAUGUCGACUAACUUCUACGAAUAGUCUAUCUCUACGAAAAUGGAGCCGCUGAUCGUUUCGUGCCACUUUUCGUUCUUCACUACCGGUACUCACCGUCACUACUAGUCACGUAAUUAUAUGUUCCACGUACCGUCCAAUAGUCGUCGCUCGCUUGCUGUCUUGCUACCUAGAAUAUCUGUCCUUGCUCUUGACAUCUUUAUCUUGCAAUAGAUCUCGGACCGAAGUAACAAAUCUCUUCAGUCCCGGUUGGCCAC